AUGAAUUAUGAAUAAUUUUAGGAUGAUGGUGAUGAUAAAAUUCAGUGUGAUUAAUCUUCAUUAAAUAUAGAUUAAUAAGAACUCUAAUUAAUAAUAGAUUUAAGUUAAACACAAGGAUUUGAUAUUAUUUAAUCCAUAUAUGCCAUACAUUUUAAAGGAUUUAGAACAAUAUUUGAUGCUAUCAUAUAUUUAUAAAAUAAUGAUAGUCACAGAUAAGUUGAAUAAACUAAAGAUUCAUCUGGAGUAUGUAAAUAAGUUAGUCAGUUUAAUCCUAUAUUUGAAUAGGAUGAUUAGAAAUUUAUAGCAGAAUUAUACAAAAUAAAAUAUAAUCUAUAAUCAACUUAAUAAUGCUGUGUUUGUUACAUGAUAUUUUUGGAUAAAGACUUACUCUAUUUAAAAUAAGAGAAACAUAAUAUUUGUUUAGAUUGUUUUAUUAAUUAUUUAAGAUAAUAAAUAAAUGAAGGGAAAAUUAACAAUUUGAAAUGUCCACAUUGUAAUAUCUAAAUUAUGGAUAAUGAUAUCUUAGAACAUUCAUAAGAACUUUACACAAAAUAUUUAAAAUGUUAUCAAAAUUUAGAAAUUGCUCUAAAUCCUAAUAAAGCUUGGUGUCCAACAGUAAAUUGCCAAAAUGUUUUAGAAUUUAAAUAAGAAUAAAUGAUUUCUACUUGUGCUUAUUGUAAAAUUGAAGUUUGUAAAGGAUGUAAAUAAAGAGCACAUCCACUUUAAAGUUGUGAAGAGAAUUUAUAACAUAUUUUAAAUGAAUGGCAAGAAGAUAGAGAAACAUAAUAAUGUCCAAGAUGUAAAAUUAUUGUUGAAAAAAUAAGUGGUUGUAAUCAUAUGACAUGUUAAUUUUGUUUACAUGAAUGGUGUUGGAUUUGUAAAAGUGAUUAUACAUCUCUUCAUUUUGCAAUAUUCAACCCUUUUGGUUGUCCUGCAUUAUUACCAGGUAGGAUUCAACAAAAGAAUUUUUCAUAUGUUAAAUUACUAAUAUGGAGAUUAAUUUGUUUAAUACUAUUAAUAAUAUUAACUCCUAUUGUAGUUGUAAUGACAGCUCCUUUUUUAUGUAUAGCUCUACUAAUCUAAAUUAGGUGCUUUGAAAAUCUAAAUAUUUUUAUCUAAGCAUUCUUAUUGAUGAUCGCUUUAUUAUUAGGAAUUGCACUUAUACCCAUAACUAUUAUUAUCUUUAUUAUUAGUAAAAACUUUAUAAAUAUUUUUUAGCUUUUUUACCUUCUAUUAUAGGACUUAUUGUUUUUUAUUAUUAUGAAAGAAGAAGACUAGAAAUUCAACAUUAGACUGCAUUAUCCAGACAUUUUCAAUUAAAUCCUUGA